GACGUGUGGCCAGUCACCAUGUGGCCUGGAGUCCUUGUGAUUAUCUGGACUGGAAUAAUGACCCAUGGACUUUCAGAAAGGAUCAUUAAAAAAAGUUUGUACGACGACACUGAUCUACGAGUGUUGGAUAGCUUGUUGAUAAACUAUGACAGACGGGUAACCCCUACUCACCAUCUAGACAUUCCAACAAGCGUGCAAUGUGAAGUAUCACUGCGUAGCUUUGGCGCUGUUAAUCCUGAAACCAUGGAUUAUGAAGUUGAUCUUUACUUGAGACAAACAUGGAGAGACGAGAGACUAUUUAAUCCAAAUUUGACCCGCCCUCUGGAUUUGAAUGAUCCUGGUCUUGUUAAGCGCGUAUGGAGACCAGACGUCUACUUUCCAAACGCCAAACAUGGAGAGUUCCAGUAUGUCACAGUUCCGAACGUUCUGGUGCGGAUUUAUCCCGACGGCCAGAUCUUCUACAUGUUGAGGUUGAAGUUAACCUUCUCGUGUAUGAUGGAGUUGGAACGUUAUCCACUCGACUCUCAGAUUUGCACCAUUGAGUUAGCAUCAUUUUCUAAAACAACCCGGGAGGUGGAGCUCCAGUGGAAAAAUGACAAUGCUGUUGAUAUGUACAAAGGGUUAAAACAAGCCCAGUUUGAGCUACAGGAAAUUCGAUUAACUCGUUGUAAGGAAUCUUUUCAAAUCGGAGAGUACAGUUGUCUUAGGGCUGAAUUGGACCUCAAAAGGUCAAUUGGGCAUCACCUUGUACAGUCCUAUUUGCCUACCACACUUAUCGUGGUCAUCUCCUGGGUAUCAUUUUGGCUAGAUGUGGACGCUAUACCGGCUAGAAUCACGCUAGGGGUCACCACCUUACUAACCAUAUCAUCAGAAAGUAGCGACCACCAAGCCAACCUCGCCCCAGUGUCGUAUGUAAAGGCUCUGGAUGUGUGGAUGGGUGUAUGCACGUUCUUCGUCUUCUCUGCUCUGAUUGAGUUUACUUUUGUCAACUUCUUGGCUCGCAGAAGGGGAGUAAAUGAAGGUGCAUCUGGAGGAAGCGGAAAUGAAAACAAUUUGGUGCUCUACAUGACACCAAAGGGCGGCGACAAGACAUUGACCAUCAAAGACAUGGAUCUGCCGGCUACAACGAGAAUGCUGACCCUUAGAGCACGUGCCAAACGGAUUGACCGAAUCAGUCGCAUUAUCUUUCCAGUAGGAUUCCUUUUUUUUAACGGAAUGUAUUGGCCCUAUUACAUGUACUAAGGGUAACCCUUGUUCGUGAGAAUGUGGAACACAAGAAGUAUGUUUCUGAGACAGCACUAAAACAUCAUUAACCUCAACCGGAAGAAACACCAACCAGGAAAGAGUAUUAAUCGAAAGAACAUUUGAUAUUCUAAGAAGUAGCAGAAAUAGUUAAAUUAUUUUGUGCUUAAUGUUACGAUGUCCUAGAAAACUAGCUGAAUCUUUUAAAAGAAAUCCAUAAUUAUGCUUUUGUAUGGUAAAUGGCCUUUGUUUAUUUACGUAGCUUUACUUGUGUAGUGUUGUAUUAAGUUUCAUGCAGAAAGCUACUGUUUAACUGAAAUAAGAAGUUCAUUGCCACCAGUAACUUAGUCAAAAAAAAAAAAACAACACUUGAAAUAACGAAAUUAUAUAUUGGAUUUAAUACAUUUUCAUUUGAGUAGCUCCCUGAUUGGCUGAAACGUUUUACUCAACGAUGUUUCGUUUAAUUACCAAUAAAAAACAACACUUGAAAUAACGAAAUUAUAUAUUGGAUUUAAUACAUUUUCAUUUGAGUAGCUCCCUGAUUGGCUGAAACGUUUUACUCAACGAUGUUUCGUUUAAUUACCAAUAAAAAAACAACACAUAACUAAAUAGGACUCUAAACGAUAGAUUUCAACAGAUAUUUUCUUAUUAUUCACGUGUGUUAACAAUUGUUAGUUUUCGUCAAAACCACGUUUGUAUAUGAAAUUUGUAGAGGAAUAUGUACUAUAUGGAUCUUUUCCAAUUAGUGUUUUACUUCAUUUCUUUAGCUCCCCAGUAGCACAGCGGUAUGUCUUCGGACUUACAACGCUAGAAUCCGGGUUUCGAUACCCGUGGUGGGCAGAGCACAGAUAGCCCAUUGUGUAGCUUUGUGCUUAAUUACAAACAAAUCCUUUCUUUAUCUUCGGCUUUCCUUUUCCAUUUUCUAUAGAUUACAUUAUUUAUGUUUGAGUAAAUAACUUGUUUUUGUUAUUUGUAUUAUUUUGAGAUAGCUGUGGUCAUUUCGGGUAUUUAAUUGGACGCCUGAAUUACGUUUUAAUGACCAGUACCUAUGUUAUGUUUUAACGUACGCAGAAGUGAAAUUGUUAAUGAGGUUAAUUAGCAAAUUGUAGAAAACAGUGACGAUUUUGAUGUAUAAUGUAGCUUAAAUUUAAAAAUGAUAUACAUCAAACAUACAUAUAAUUUUUUUUCUCAGGUUGGCAAUCUUUAUUAUUUAAAUCAAUUUAUUCUUCUUCUUGUUUUCUUAUUUUCGCUACACACUGGGCUGUUUUUACUCUGUCUUCUAUGGAGAAUCGAACUCCGGAUUUUUUGCGUUGUAACUCCAUAGAACAAUUGCAGUACUAAACAAACUUGAAACCACACACUAGUUGUUGAGAGAACCCUCUUUAUGACUGACGUUCUGUAAUUAAGUUUUACCAUGACGUCUCAACAAGUUUUAUAUCGAUGUUUUAAAAUUGAAAAUAUAGUAAACUAUUUUAAGGCCUUUUAACUGUUAUGUAAAAAAAAUUGGGUAUAAUGAGUGUAAUUGUCAAAUUUAUUGUAUAAAUUUGUAUAUUUUGUAAUUUGAUCACGUAAUACUUAAUACAAUUCACAUAAAAAUAAAACCAUGACCAUUAAGUCACCUUCUGCUAUCUCUAUCUGUAACAACUCACCUCUAUACAUUUGUAACACUAAAUAACUAC